AUGAGCUCUCACCCGCGAAAUACCUACAUAUCGUUUCGUUCAAACCGUGGGAUCUUUCCGUAUUGUGGCACGUCGAUCCAGGCCGAUCCUCUAUCUGCACUAGUACAGAUGUGCGAGGAACAAAUAUCGUGCUUGGAUGGGCCAACCAAUGAUGACAGUCCGAUGAACAGGCUUACCGACGCUUCCGCCACAGAGAUGGUCCAUGGACCGUUAUGCAUCUCUUCUCUAAUGAACAUCGGCACCCCGAUAUGGCAUGUUAGUCAUCUGUUCACCCCUGCCCACACUCCAACAUUUAUCGACAUGACCCGCAUCCUGCUCACUGGCUCUACUGGUGGACUCGGCAGCGAGGUGCUGCGUUAUAUCCUUCCGCUCAUCGCUCCCUCAGACCUUGUCAUCGCUUCUCCCACUCCUGCUCGUGUGCGCGAAGCUUGGCCCAAUCUUCCGGCGGAGGUCGAAAUUCGAGAGGGCGACUACAUGCGCCCAGAGACUCUUCCUAGCGCACUCGCCGGCAUCGACGUGUUCUUCAUCAUCUCCUACCCGUCCAUCGCACACGAGGUGCGCGUACGGGCGCAUACACACGCCAUCGACGCGGCCAAGGCAGCGAAUGUCAAACGCGUCAUCUAUACGAGCAUCGCGUUCGGCGAGGGCGUUGCCGACGUUAUGAAGCCGCAUAUCGAUACCGAGGCGUAUCUAAGGAACAGUGGAGUCGAGUACACGAUCAUUCGGGAGGGUUUGUACAUCGAGGCGUUCCCGUUCUACCUCGGCUUCUUUGACUCAACUCGCGACACGGACGUCUACGUCCCGGCAGACGGUCCAGUCUCCUGGGUGGAUCGCGCCGAAGUCGGCGAAGCCACCGCACACAUCGUCGCAAAGGGCUUGUACGUCAACGAGACAGUACUGCUCUCUGGCAGCGCCAGCAAUGUCCUGUCGCUCUCGCAGCUCACCGAGCAUUGUGCCUCGGUUCUGAAGCGACCAAUCAACUUCCACGUCGUCGGCCAGGACAGAUACGUCGAGCACUAUUCUGGUCCUGCGGCCCAGCCGCCUAGGGACGCCAAGUUUGUGCGUUCGUGGGGGACGGCUUAUAUCGCGGUAGAGCGCGGCGAAUGCGCCAUCCUCACUCCGGUGCUUGAGGAGCUGCUGGGUCGGCCAUCACGAGAGAUAAAGGAGUAUGUGAGCCAACUGGUAGGGGGGACGGAGGGUGCUCUCGCGCAAUACGCGAAGUAA